AUGACGCGUUCCGUGAGCCAGUGCACGGCGACAAUCGGAACGUCGGCCUUUUCCUGGCAGGGCGCAGCACGAGGGAGAGAAGCGGGGUGCACGCGUGUGACUGUGACCGGUGAGCGUUUGCUUGGAGGCGGAAGCUCCAUUGCUGCUGUACAGGUUGCUGGUGUGGAAACACGUGUGAUUGAGUCCAGCAACAACACGCAUGUUGUGCUGCGAGCAAGCAACGGCACGGGGAGCGGAGACAUUGAGCUGAUUGCGGACACGGGCGCGAAGACUGUGGCGAAUGUGACGUUCAGCUACCUGGAGCUGGGUGUUAUUACUGCAGUGCGCCCGGCUAUUGGGCGCGUGGGCACGCUCGUGACGAUUGAGGGCGAGCGGCUUCAGAGCGGAGGGAGCGCUGUGGCACGCGUUGACCUGGGUGGUGUUCCUGCAACGCUGCUGCACGGCAAUGACAGCACGGUUGUUGUGAUUUGCUCUGCAGGCAGCGGUGCUGGUGCGGUGCGCGUGACAAGUGACGUUGGCGGCUUUGUGGAAGGUUUGCUGUGGACAUUUGUGGACUCACGCAUCGACAGUGUGGAGCCGAGUCAGGGCCAAGAAGGCACCGUUGUACGCAUCCACGGGAGUGGGCUGUUUGGGGGCGCGACGGGCGUGGCCUCUGUGACCGUGGCAGGUGUUGCGGCAACGCUGCGCAGCCCAAUUCUUGACUACUUUGCCGUGGUUGAGCUUGGCAGCGCGCCUGCUGGUACAAGCGGUGCUGUCGUGGUGGUUGCAGAGAGCGGAGCGCGGGUUGUGUCUUCACAGACGUUCACGUAUGCGGAGCCGGCGACCAUCGCUGCGGUUUCGCCAUCGAGUGGGCAGGUAGGCACUCGCGUGACCAUCACGGGCACGAACCUUCUUGGUGGCGGCGCUGCUGUUGAGCGGGUGACCCUUGCUGGCGUUGAGGCGUCGCUUGUGGCGCAGAGCGCGACCCAGAUUGUGGUUGUCGCGUCCCCAAGCCGUGAGCGGGCAGCCGGGCCUGUCGUGGUGUACAGCGAUACUGGUGCGUUUGCGCGGCUGGAGAGCGCGUUUGCGUACCAGAUUCCCGGACGCAUUUCGACGCUUUCCCCGAGCAGCGGGCAGGCUGGCACCGUGGUUGAACUGACCGGGUUCAACCUGCUUGGUGGCGGAAGCGCGCUCUCCUCACUGUCUGUCCAUGGCGUUGAGGUUGAGCAGGUAACGUUUGCCAGCGAUGCGCUCAUCGCGUUUGUCGUGCCUCUGACGUCGGUGCAAGGGCUGGGUGAUGUGCGCAUUGUGUCGGCGAGCGGUGCCACGGUUGAAGCCGGGGACGCAUUUACGCUGCUUGAGCCUGGGCGCAUUGUGGGCGUUGCCCCCGAGCGCGGCCAGGAAGGCACGUUUGUGACGAUUGUGGGCGAGCGGCUGCUGGGCGGCGGCGAGACGAUUGCGCGAGCGGUGCUUGGUGCAACUGCUGCCGAAGCUGUUGUAUCGUCGAGUGAUGCUCGGGUGGUUGUCAGGGCUGGCGCAGCAGUGACCUUUGGGCCUGUUGGCGUGACGCUGUGGGCGGACACGGGCGCAGUUGUGAACACAUCUGCGGGCCUGUUUGAGUACCUGGCACCUGGCAUGGUUGCGAGCGUGUUACCUGUGAGUGGACAGGCUGGCACGCAGGUUGUGAUUGAGGGCAUGGAGCUGCUGGGCCAUGAGACAGCGUUGGAGGCGGUGACGCUUGGCGGCGUGCAGGCGGCGGCGAUUCUGAGCUUCAACCGGACGCACGUCGUGGUGACUGCUGGAGACGGCCCUGCGAGCACGGGGCCGGUUGUGCUGACUGCAAGCAACGGCUCGCGUGUGACUGGCGGCGCUGUGUGGACGCAGCUGGAGCGCGGCGCCAUUGGCUCGGUGCAGCCGAGCAGCGGCCAUGGCGGGACGCGCGUGACGAUCACCGGGCAGCGCUUGCUUGGUGGCGGUGCUGCGCUUGCCUCUGUUGAGCUUGGGGGUGUGCUGGCGACGGAGAUUGCCUGGGCCAACGACACUGUGGCUGUGGUGUCUGCCGGUGCAAGCGGCAGCGCGCUCGCUGGUGGAAAUGUGACGCUGGUGGCGGACACUGGUGCUGUGACAACCGGGUCUGGCCUGUGGGCGUACGUUGCCCCGGCAGUCAUCUCGUCUGUGGCGCCGACAUCUGGUCAGGCCGGCACCGUGGUCACCAUCCGCGGCAACAACCUCUCCAUGGGUGGCGCCGUGCGUGAGGUGUUCCUUGCUGGCAUCCCUGCUGUAUCUGUUUCGCUUGUCAAUGACAGCUUUGUUGUUGCCCAUGCCAGUGGGGCAUUGUCGGGGCGGUCUUCUCCUGCCGUUGUACGCAACAACUUCGGAGCUUUCGUGUCGUCAUCCGUGAACUGGACGUACGUGCCGGCUGGUGCUGUUGACAUCACACGCCCUGCUCGAGCCCAGUUCGGCACUCGCGUGACUGUGACUGGGUCCAACCUGCUUCAGGGUGGUGCUAUCAUUGCCUCUGCUUCGAUGGCUGGGGUUCCUUGUACGGUGCUGUCGAGCAAUGAUACGACAGUUGUUGUGUCUGUGGCUGGUAACUUUGCUGCCACCGUUGCCAGUCCUUCGAUGACGCUGGUUUCUGAUUCGGGUGCUGUGAUCACGUUCACUUCGUCCACAACGGCCGAACCGUCGGGCGUGGUGACCGCCAUUUCCCCGUCUUCUGGUCAGUAUGGCACAUUUGUCACGCUGUCGGGGACGCAGCUGCUUGCGCAUGCAUCGAAUUUGCGGACUGUGUCCCUGGCGGGUACGCAAGUGCUGUCGAUCGAGUCGGCCACAGAGUCGGAAGUCAUCGUGCGGGCCGGCCUGGGCGUAAACGGCACUGCUGGAUCUCCCCGGCUGCGCGCAUCUUCGGGUGGCGUUGUGGCUGCAGCGACCGGAGUCAAUUUCACGUAUGUGCGACAGGGCCGCAUCGACACUGUCUCUCCUCUGUUUGGGCAGCUUGGUACCCUUGUGACUAUCUCUGGGGAGCACCUGCUUAGCGGUGGCUCAAGUGCUAGUCGCGUUCUCCUGGCGGGCCUACCGGCUGCCGUUGUCUCGAGCAACAGCUCAGUGGUUGUGGCACGUGCGCCGUUGUCGAACUCGACAUCCAUCCGGACCGGCUCCGUUGUGGUGCUUGCAAAUACGGGCGCUUUGUCUGCCGAAAGCUCAACCACAUUCACCUUCCGGCCAGCGGGUUUCAUUGCAAGCGUGUCCCCUUCAUUUGGUCAGCGUGGCACGUAUGUUGAGAUUGCGGGGAACCGGCUGCUCGAUGGCUCUGGUUUGCGGGAGGUGCUAUUGGCCGAUGUGCCAGCCGAGGUCCUGAGCGCGAACGACACGUUUGCGCUCGUUCGUGCGCAGGCAUCCCUGCCGCGUGUUGGUGACGUCGUGGUGCGAUCUGACUCUGGGUAUGAGGUUGUAUCAUCUCAGGCGUUUGUCUACAUUGCGCCGCAACACCCCGACACAGUUGUGCCAGCGUCAGGCCAAUUUGGGACGCGCGUGACCAUCAAUGGAACAGGCCUUUUGGGCGGCGGUGCCACUGUGCAGACUGUGCAGUUUGACGCCGUGGCUGGCUCUGACCCUCGCGUGACGGCAGCUGGCAUUGAGGUUUCUGCACCUGGCGGUGCCGCUGGUGUGCGGAACAUUACGGUCGUGGCAAACACUGGCGCAUACUUCACAGUGGCGCGUGCCUUCACUGUCAUCGCCGAACCAAACGUGACAGCGAUUACGCCGUCCUCUGGCCAAGCCGGCGCGUACGUCACUGUGUCUGGCACCGAACUCCUGGGUGGUGGUGCGUUUGCUGAACGCGUGUUCCUGGCCGGCGUGGAGGCGGACGUGGUCACGUCCUCGCCAUCGAGUGUGGUGGUUCGUGCGCCUGUCUCAGUUGCCAAAGUGGGCCCCACUGUGAUUGUUGCUGACACGGGAGCCACGACGACCUCGCUGCUCAACUUCACCUUCACCCCGCAGCUGUCCGUGACAAGUGUGAGCCCAAGCUCUGGCCAAGGCGGCACUCGUGUGACUGUUUUGGGGGCCAACCUUCGCUUGGGCUCGUCUGCGGUGACUGGUGUGCUUCUUGGAAGCGCGGCCUGCUCGCUCAUCUCUGAGAAUGACACGGCUGUUGUUUGUGCUGCUGGCGUCGCCUCGGCGGGAUCCGUUCCCGUGACAGUUGAGGCGAGCUCGGGUGCUUUUGCUUCGGUCGGCGGCGUGCUUGCAUUUGAAUAUCUGGAUGCCGGCGUGAUCAAUUCCGUUGAGCCCGGGUCUGGCCAGCAAGGCACGCGCGUGGUCGUUUCGGGGCUGCGCCUGCUUGGCGGCGGCAUUCGCGUGGACCAAGCGUUCCUCGGUGGUGUUGAGGCAACGAUCCGGUCUUCAUCGGCCUUUGCGGUCACGCUCGCUGCUGGUAACGGCUCCGAGCCGUCCAGCGGUGACAUUGUGCUCAUCGCUGACACGGGAGCUGUGGUGAGCCGCUCGGGUAUGUGGACGUACACCGAGCCGUGUGGCGUGACAGACGUGUCGCCCCCUUCUGGGCAGGCGGGAACGCUUGUGACGAUCACGGGCACCGGGUUCCCAUGCACCGGCAGCAGCGUGUCGACAGUGUCCCUGGGUGGCGUGGGCGCGAGCAUUCGCACCCAAUCUGCCACCCAGAUUGUUGUUGAGGCGCCAUCCGGCUCUGGCCAGGGGGAUGUUGUGGUCACGGCGGAUGACGGCAGCUUUGCCGUGUCUCGUGGCGGUUGGGAGUUUAGUCGCAUCUCAAGCGUGACGCCGGCUUCAGGCCAGUUUGGCACUGCGGUCACAGUCGCUGGGCAAGGCCUGCGCCUCGGCUUCAGCUCCGUGACGCAAGUGAGGCUGGGAGAUGUUGCUGCGACAAUCCUGUCGGAGAACAACACGCACGUGGUUGUUCGCGCUGGAACAGGCUCUCUCGUCGGUGUGCCGGUGGACGUGCAGGUCAUUUCGUCUGGCGCGACGACCGUGCAGCAGUCGGUGGCUUGGACCUACCUCCGAGACGGCGUGGUGUCGUCGGUGGUUCCGGUGCAGGGCCAGCGGGGCACCCGCGUGACAGUGCGCGGUGAGCGCUUGCUCGGCGGCGGAAGCCGCCUCGAGCGUGUCCUGCUCGGUGACAUCGCUGUGGACCGCAUCCUGUCCUACAACGACACUGUUGUGGUUGUGGAGGCUGGCCUCUCCAACUCAAGCGCAGUCGUGGAUGUGACGCUUGUGUCCGACACGCUGGCGGGGGUCACUGGCGAGAACGUGUUCACCUACGUUGAGCCAAUGACACUGUAUGGUUUGACGCGGGCAACUGGACAGGCGGGCACUGAGACUACCCUGCUAGGUCGCAGCCUCCUCGGGGGUUCGCUCGCUGUCACGGAAGUGCUCCUGGCGGGAACUGGAGCGCAGGUCAUCGGCUUCAACGACACGCACGUGACUGUUCGUGCCCUGGCAGGCACGCCCGGUCAAGGCAACGUGGUGAUUCGCACCAGCAAUGGUGCUUACCUAGUCGCCAUCAACGGCUGGAGCUUCAGCACGCCGGGCGCGAUUGCCGCUGUCGAGCCUGUCUCUGGGCAGGCCGGCACCCGCGUGACCAUUGUUGGCUCUCGCCUGCUGGGCGGUGGCUCCCGCGUGGCCAGUGUGGCGCUGGGCUCAGUCGUGCACACGUCCAGCGUGAUCAGUGGCAAUGACACACAGGUGGUUCUUGACGCCCUUGCGGGCCCGCCCGGCCUUUCUGAUGUCAUCAUCACAUCUGAUACCAGGGCCACCGUGACGGCAGAGAAUGUGUGGACCUACUUGCAGCCGGGUGUCAUCCAGAGCGUUGAUCCCCAGAGCGGCCAGGUCGGCACUCGCAUCACCAUCGUGGGCAGUGGCCUCCUUGGUGGCUCUGCUUUCGCUCGGGAGGUUGUGAUGGGCAACUCAGUCCCUUGCUCUGUGCUUCGGGGCAACGACUCUGUUGUCGUGUGUGUGCUCGCUGACGCUGGUUCACCCGCUGCUGCCGUGGACGUCACGGUCGUGGGUGCUCGCGGUUCACGCGUGGUCGCAUCUUUGGCCUUUGAAGUGUUGCCUGCCAGCAACAUCACCUCGGUGUCCCCGCCCAUGGGGCAGUACGGCACCAUCAUCACCGUGCAUGGCUCUCGCCUGCGCGGUGGCGCGGACCGCGUUGUCUCGGCCACACUCGCGGGUGCCCCGGGCAGUGCGCGAGUCGUGCGUGAGAAUGACACUGUCGUCCUCGUGCAGGUCCUCGUGGCGAUGCCGGUGGCAUUUGCAGACCUGAGGCUCACCGCUUCCUCUGGCGCGACAGUGACCUUCCCCAGCGCUUUCACUGCCCUCCUGCCCGGAACCAUUGCAAGCGUCUUGCCGUUGCAAGGGCAAGCGGGCACCCGGGUGACAGUCACCGGAGCUCGCCUGCGUGGUGGCUCGGCUGCUGUCACGCGGGCAACCAUUGCCGGAGUCGAAGCAACGGUUGUGGUGGAGUCCAAUGACGUCGUGGUUCUGAGAGCAACAGCCGCCAUGGCGCAUCCAUUGCAAGGCCCUGUUGUGGUCGUUGGCGAAGCAGGAUCGCUUGUGUCAAAUGCAAUGAUCAACUUCACGUACCUUGAGCAAGGUGUGGUGACCGCGGCUACCCCAGCCUAUGGACAGCGCCACACCAGGGUGACGGUGACGGGCACCAACAUAUUGGGCGGCGGCAGUCGCAUCGUCAACGCAUCAUUUGGCGGUGUGAGUGCACUGGACGUGCUGGCAUCCAACAACUCCAUGGCCGUUGUAAUUGCCCCGCGUCUCCUUCCGGGACAGCAUUCAAUCCAGCUCGUCGCAGACUCUGGUGCUGUUGUGUCCAGCUCAAACCUGUUCACCGCACGCCUGGAGGGCAACAUCACGUCUUUGAUGCCAGGCUCGGGCCAACGCGGAACGCGCAUCACCGUCAACGGCAAUCGCCUGCGUGGCUCCGGGAAUGAGGUUGUGUCUGCUUGGGUCGGCAAUGUUCCGGCAACCGUGGUCAGUGAGGGCAACUCCCAGGUUGUCAUCAGACCCACCAGCAGCGGAGCGGCGGGGACCUCCGUAAGGAUCGUGCUCGUUGCUGACACGGGCGCUCGCGUUGAGACCGCCACCGUGCAGUUUGACUUUGUCCCACCGGGUGACAUCCAAGCCGUUGGCCCAGCCUCUGGUCAAGAAGGCACCCUCGUGACGAUCCGUGGCGAGAGGCUGCUGGGCAACGGCACAGCCUUGGCGUACACCUACAUUGGUGGUGUGGCUGCCCAGAUUGUGAGCGCAUCUAACGACGAAGUCGUCGUCGUUGCUGGCCGAUCAAGCAAUCGCUUUACACUGGAUCAGCAUCCCGUCAUCUCGGACAUAGUGCUCGUGGCUGACAACGGUGCAGAGGUCGUUGCUGCUUCGAGCUUCACAUACCUGCGCCCGGGCGUCAUUUCGUCCGUGUUUCCUCUGUCAGGUCAGGCGGGAACCCGCGUGGGCAUCUCUGGGGUGCGUCUCUUUGGUGGUGGCUCGCGCAUUGUCAGCGUGUACCUUGGUGCGACGCAAGCACAGGUCAUCACACAAACCGUGCACGCAGUCGUCGUCACCGCAAAGGCUGGAAACGUGUCAGCAUCGCCAGAGCCAAUUCGCAUCGUGGCUGACACCGGGGCGGUUGUGACCUUGAACGACACGUGGUCCUACGUGCAGGCUGGGCGCGUCGCUUCGGUCAACCCCGCAUCGGGCCACCAAGGGACGCUGGUCACAAUUCAGGGCACGAGCCUCCUCGGGGGUGGAACCACUGCCGUGUCAGUCAUGCUUGCUGGUAGCUCUGCGCUCGUGCUCUCCAGCAACGCCACAGAUGUGGUGGUGACAGCAGGGCCUGGUGCCCAGAGUUCAGGAGAUGUGGUCAUCGUGUCUGAAACGGGCGCUACAGUGGCUCGUGGCGCUGCUUGGACGUACGUUGAACCUGGAUUCAUCCAACGUGCAUCCCCUGCGUCGGGUACCGCUGGUACUCGCGUCACAAUCACGGGCGCAUCUUUGCUGGGCGGCGCCUCGACGCUCGCACGAGUCACGCUUGCGGGAGUGCCUGUGGACUCGAUUGAUCACCAGAGCAACGAAGUGGUCAUCGUAACAGCAGCCUCAGGCGCGCAACGCAUGGGCGCCAUCGUGCUCACAGCUGAUACCGGCGCUGUGGUGCAGCGGCUCAACUUCUGGGACUACAUCGCCACGCCCGUGGUGGGUGAGAUUGAGCCGAGCAGCGGACAGCUGGGCACUGUGGUGACGAUCCGCGGCAGCAACCUGCUGGCCGGUGGCGAAGCGCUGCAGCUGGUGACGCUCGCCGGCGUGCCUGCAGAGGCCAUUCUUUCCAGCAACAACAGCGUGGUGACGGUGUCGAGCGCUCAGGGCAGCGGCGCCACCGGCCCGGCUGUCCUGGUGGCUGCGGAGACAGGCGGUCGCGCUGUGGGCACCCCUUCUGUGAACUACACAUACCUUGCUGGCAGCAGCAUUGCUUCUGUGCAGCCUGCGAGCGGCCAGGGCGGCACGUUUGUUGACAUUGUUGGCGAGCGCCUUCUGUCCGGUGGCAGUGCAGUGGCGGCGGUGAGCUUGGCUGGCGUUGCGGCUGAGGUGAUCUCGGGCAACGAUACGUUUGUGCGUGCGCGUGCGGGGCCAUCGGCUGUGACCUUGACAGGCGACGUGGUCGUGACAGCAGACACGGGAGGCCGUGCCGAGCUCGUGAACGCGUGGGCGUACAACACGGCUGGUGUCGUUGAUGCCGUAGUGCCAGGCUCUGGACAGCGUGGGACGCGCGUCACCAUCCAAGGCACGCGACUGCUUGGCGAGGGCACGCGCGCGGUGCGCGUGUCCCUGGGAGAUGUGCGUGCACACAUCGUGGAAAGCACUGCGACAGCUGUCGUUGUGGUUUACCCCGGCCGCGUCACGCUUGGCGUGCAUGAUGUUGAGGUCGAGUCUGACACGGGGUCGGUGGUGUCUGCCCCGGCCGCGUGGACGGCUCUGGACAACGGCGUGGUGCACUCUGUCAACCCGGAUGUGGGCCACGGUGGUACGGUUGUGACCAUCCGCGGCGUGCGGCUGCUGGGCGGCGGCGACAGCGUUGCCGACGUUGCCCUUGCUGGUGUUGUGACUGCCAAUGUGGUGAGCGCAAACAACAGCGUCGUGGUUGUCGUCGCUGAGCUUCAGGCGCAGGCGGUGACACUGGGUGACGUGGUGGUGCGUGCAGACACCAACGCAACGGUGGUGUCCAGCACGGGCCUGUUCGACUACGUGGCCCCUGGCGAGAUUGUGAGCGUGUCGCCGUCGUCGGGCCAGCUGGGCACUGUGGUGACAAUUGAGGGCAGGUCGCUCCGCGGCGGCUCGUCUGCCGUGGUUGACGUCGUGCUUGGCGGCGUGUCUGCGCUCGAUGUGGUGUCUGAGAACGACACGCGCGUGGUUGCUGUGGCUGGGCCCAGCAGCGGAGCAACCGGUACGGAGAGCGUGCAGGUUGUGGGGCAGCAGGGAUCUGUGGUUGCUCGUCCCAGCGUGUGGUCGUAUGUUGCACCGGCAGAGGUGCUGGAUGUGGCGCCCCAGCAGGGCCGGGCUGGAACACGGGUGACCGUGCGAGGCCAAGGCCUGCUGCAGGGCGGUGGGCGUAUUGCGCAGGCAACCGUGGCUGGCGUGACAACCGCGCGCAUUGUCGACAGCAACGACACAACCGUCGUUCUCGAGGCCGAGGUGGCACCGGCAGGCGUCACGCCUGUGGGCGACGUGCAGCUUGUCUCUGACACAGGCGCACGAGUGAACGCAAGCGUGACCUGGCAGUAUCUUGCUGCAGCUGUGAUUGACUCUGUGCAGCCCACAAGCGGGCAGGAGGGCGUUUUCGUUGAGUUGCGAGGCCAGCACCUGCUUGGUGGCGGCAGCGCCAUUGUGGAUGCCUCACUUGCUGGCGUUGCUGUUGAGCGCGUUGUGCAGAGCAACGACACGUUUGUGCGGGUUGUUGCUGGCGCGAAGAACGCGUCUGUGGUGGGCGACGUGGUCGCGCGCGGAGACACAGGUGCCCUGCUGCGAGUUGUGAACGGCUGGCAGUACGCAGUGCCGAGUGUGAUCAACUCUGUUGUGCCGGCGUCUGGGCAAGAAGGCACGCUGGUCACCGUCAGUGGCGUGCGUCUGCUGGGCAGCCUCCCUGGCAGGAUCACGUUCGUUGAGGUGUGCGGCACAGAGGCCGAGGUUGUGAGCGAGAGCGAUACGCUUGUGGUUGCGCGACUGCGGUCCAACGGCGGAGCGAGCCAGCUUGGCGAUGUGGUCGUGCGGGCAGACAAUGGCGCACGCACUCGCGCCGUGAAUGGCUUCACGUACCUGAGCACGUCCAUGAUCGCGGCAGUGACGCCCGCAGAAGGGCAGUACGGAACGCGCGUGACCAUCACGGGCCAGCGGCUGCUCGGCGGCGGUGCGGCGGUGCAGGCUGUGGAGCUUGCGGGCGUUGCAGCAACGGUGGUGAGUGGCAGUGACACAGAAGUUGUUGUCGCUGCUGGCAAUGGCACGGCUGGAGACGUCGGCGACGUGGUGAUCACGAGUGACUCCGGCGCCGUGUCUGUUGAUGCCCUUGCUUGGCGAUACCUGGAUGCAUCGCACAUCACGUCUGUGACACCAAGGCACGGCCAGAAAGGUACAGUUGUCACAAUCAACGGGACACUGCUUCGCGGGCACGGUAGCGGCGUUGCGGUGGUGUUACUGGCCGGCGAGGCUGCGAAUGUCCUGUCUGAGAGUGACACAAGCGUUGUCGUUGCAGCGAGCGCCUUUGGCGGCAGCAAGUCCGGGCCUGUGACGAUUAUUGCGUCCAACGGUGCCACGGCGGUGUCUACACCAACGGCAUUUGAGUACCGCGCCCCUGGUGCGGUGUCUGCGAUUGUUCCGAACAGUGGACACCGAGGCACGUACGUCACCAUCAAGGGCAGCAACCUGCGCGGCCAUGGCCCGACGGUGAUGAGCGUGACGCUCGGUGGUGUUGCUGGGCACAUCGUUUCGGAGAACAGCAGCAGCGUUGUUGUGCGCGUGGAGCGGCUGAGCGUCGCCGUUGCGACGCCCGUGGACGUGGUGCUGACGUCGAGGUCUGGUGCGCAGGUGGCCGCUGCAGGUGCAUUUACGUACUUGGUUGAAGGCUCGGUUGCAGACCUGCUACCGGCACAAGGCCAGCGCGGGACAGCGGUGUCGCUGUCUGGCUCGAACCUGUGCGGUGGCGGUACGGCGAUUGUUGCGGUGACACUGGGCGGUGUCGCCGCCAGCCUCAAGCCGACAUCCACGUGCAACCUGGUGCAGUUUGUGGCUGGCAGCCGCAACAAUACGGCUGCUGAGGCCGUUGAUGUUGUGCUCGAGAGCAACACGGGCGCGCUGAUUGAGGGCACGGGCCGAUGGACGUAUGUGGUUGAGGGCGCCAUCUCCAGUGUGCUCCCACCUGGCGGCGUCGCAGGAACGCUCGUGACCAUCCGGGGCUCCAACUUGCUUGGCGGCGGCUCGACUGCGGCUGGUGUGACGCUUGCCGGCGUGAGCGCAAGCGUGGAGCAAGCGAACGCCACUCACGUGAUUGUCACUGCCAACCGCGGCACGACAGCAGGCGACGUUGUGGUGACCAGCGACACGGGCUCGAAUGUUGUGUUGCAGGACGGGUUUACGUACAGCCGCAUCAGCAGCGUGUCGCCGGCGGAAGGCCAGGAAGGCACGCGUGUGCGGUUGGAUGGCGUUGGGUUCUUUACAGGCGGCGCCUCCGUGGAUCGUGUGGAGAUUUGCGGCGUGGCAUCGUCUGUGACAAACCAGAGCGACAGCCGAUUGGACGUGGUUGUGCCCGCAGCCACGACACUUGUGCCACCCCUUAGGUGCGACGUGGAGGUGGUGAGCGCGUUUGGCGUUAGCAUUGUCGCAGCGGACGCGUUUGACUAUCUGGAGCCUGGUGAGAUUGCUGCCGUGACACCAACGAGCGGGCACGAGGGCACUGUUGUGACUGUGUCUGGCGCGCGCUUGCUUGGCGGCGGAUCCCAGGUGGCGUCUGUGACAUUUGCAGGCGUGGAGGUGCAUGACGUUCUGACGCAGAGCGACAGCGAGAUUGUGGCUGUGCUGCGCAGCGGCGGUGCUGGGGGCUCGGGCGACGUUGUCGUGGAGUCGGACACCGGUGCCGUCGUGCGGCUUGCGGCGGGCUUCCGGUAUGUGCCGCAGGCGCAGAUCCUGCACUUGACGCGGGCGAGCGGGCAGGUUGGCACGGAAACGACCAUCGUUGGCGAGGGCUUGCAGAUGGGCGACGUGAUUGUGAGCGUGCUGCUGGCUGGCGUGCCAGCGCAGGUGCUGUCGCAAUCGGACGUGAACGUGACAGUGCGGGCGAACACAAGCACGCCAGCGACUGGCGAUGUGAUGCUGGUUGCAGGGAGUGGUGCCUUUGUUGAGCUGGUCAACGGCUGGACCUACGACGACGCCGGUGCCAUUGAGGACGUGCAGCCAGCGCAAGGAUUUGCCGGCAACCUGGUGACGAUUAGCGGUCGCGGCCUGCGAGGCGGAAGCGCCGCUGUGACUCGCGUCACCCUUGUGGGUGUGCUGGCGACAGAGAUUGUGCACGAAAACGACACGGUUGUUGUGGUGCGCGCGGGCUUGCCUGUGGAUCCGUUUGUGAUGCAAACAGGCCGGGUGGUGGUGAUGGGCAGCAGCGGAGCCACCAUCACCGCGCUGGACGCUUUUACGUACAACGUUGCUGGCGACAUCACAGACGUGUCGCCGUCGUUUGGCCGGGUUGGCACGCGCGUGCGCCUCUUGGGCAGCAAUUUGCUUGGCGGUGGAACGUCGGCAGAGGUGCGGUUCGGCGGUGUGACAGGCGCUGUCACUGCGGUAUCUGAGACUGCCAUUGACGUCACUGUGCCUGCUGCGUCUGGGCCCAGCGGACUCGUGAAUGUGAGCAUUGUCUCUGAUAGCGGAUCCCAUGUGUUGGAGGUUGCAGGCUUCCGGUACACGGCCCCAGGCAGUGUGGCGGCGGUGGCGCCUUCCAGCGGCCACGAGGGCACAGUUGUGACGAUUUCGGGUGCAAGCCUGCUGGCAGAAGAGGCUGACGCUGCCCGCGUGACGCUUGGCGGCGUGAACGCGACUGUGGUGUUCGCCAACGACACGCGUUUGGUCGUGGUGGCUGGUGCUUCCUCGACAGCCGGGCUUGGCGACGUGUUUAUCGAGACGGUCGGUGGCGCGCGUCUGCUGGCAGCCAAUGCAUGGAUGUACGUUGCGCAAGCGACGAUUACGGAUGUGCAGCCUGGCUCUGGGCAGGUUGGCACGCGGGUGACCAUCAGGGGCACGGGCUUGCGCUGCGGUGGCGCAGCAGUGACGAGCGUGCUUCUGGGCUCUGCAGUGGCGCCCGUUGUCACGGAAGACGACACGACAGUAAUUGCGGAGGCGCCAGCACGUGCGGUUGGUGCAUCACCUGUUGACGUGACAGUUGUGGCCGACACGGGUGCAUAUGUGACCGCCGACGACGCGUGGACGUUUGUGACAGCAGGCGCUGUGAGCUCGGUGGUGCCGAGCAGCGGACAGGAAGGCACACGGGUCACGUUGAGCGGAACCAACCUGCUUGGGUCUGGCAGCGGCGUGGACCAGGUGCUGCUUGCGGGCGUUUCUGCGACAGUUGUGAGCGCAGCCUCUUCUGAAGUGGUUGUGAUUACGUCUGCGCUGCCUGGUGGCGUCGUCGGUCCUGUGACUGGCAACGUGACGGUUGUGUCGACGUCGGGAGCCUUGGUGCAUGCUGACACGGACUCAUUUACAUACGUGCGGGCGGGCGCAGUGACGGGCGUGUCGCCGCUUGCUGGCGUACAAGGCACGCGUGUGACUGUGACCGGUGAGCGUUUGCUUGGAGGCGGAAGCUCCAUUGCUGCUGUACAGGUUGCUGGUGUGGAAACACGUGUGAUUGAGUCCAGCAACAACACGCAUGUUGUGCUGCGAGCAAGCAACGGCACGGGGAGCGGAGACAUUGAGCUGAUUGCGGACACGGGCGCGAAGACUGUGGCGAAUGUGACGUUCAGCUACCUGGAGCUGGGUGUUAUUACUGCAGUGCGCCCGGCUAUUGGGCGCGUGGGCACGCUCGUGACGAUUGAGGGCGAGCGGCUUCAGAGCGGAGGGAGCGCUGUGGCACGCGUUGACCUGGGGCCGGCUGCCCCCGUUGUUUUGCAAGCGUUCCUCGAUCGCGAGCAACUUCACGCCGAGAGCAGCAGCCCCGAUGCUGCACGCACCGGCACCACAUUUGUUGGCACAGAUCACGACGCCUUGCACCAUGACAUGCAAGGCGACGGCCACCGCCAGCAACAACAACCACAGCAAGGGGCGCACCAGCAAUGGGAUGCCGAGGACGAUGGCAAGCCCCUCCACUUCUCGGACUUUUUCACGGUUCACCCGGACCUGUUCUUCGACACGCUGUACCAACAGGAGACGUUUGUCAACACGCGGCCAGGCGGCGCACAGACCCUGUCGCCCAGCCUGCAGGCCGUGGCAAAGCCUCUCGGCGACAUCCAGCGCAUCUGCGACGCCUUUGAGAAGCAGCCCAAGAAGAAAGGCGGCAUCUUUAUCAAGGAUGAAGGUGCCACGAGGCAGGUGACGUCGUGCAAGCAAAUGAAUGAUGAGUUGGACGCUGGAGCAGGCAUGGUCGUGCGCUUCGAGGAUCUCGUGGACUGCCCUGUCAAGGACAACGUGGAGCUGUUGCGGCAGGGCGUGCGCGACGUCUUCGGCACCUACUCCACCGCGCACGUGUACUACGCCACACAGGACGAGUCACGCGCUCUUCUGCCACACACGGAUCCAUACGACGUCCUCGUCAUCCAGCUCCAGGGCUCGAAGCGCUGGACCACAUGUGUGCCGGACGCAUAUGUGAGUGACAGCAACGACGACGACGACGACAGUGCCAACGAGCGCAGCAACGCCAACAGCACGGCGGCCGACCGCCCGCCCUCCGAGGCAGAGGUGCUCGCCGGCUUCAACGCGGCCCAGCUCGGCCAGCUGCAGGAGAUCCGCAGCCAGCGCCAACAGGGAUGCACAGGCUAUCAAGACAGCAUGCUUCGCGGCAUGCGCUGCACCAACUUCACCCUGCGGGAAGGCGACACCAUGUACAUGCCAAAGGGCAUCAUCCACUUUGCCCUCACCGAGGAGCAAGGGUCGUCCCACAUCACCAUCUCCCUGGAACGCAAGGGCCUCGCCUGGGCCGAUGCGCUCAUGUACGGCGCCACCGCAGCAGGCAGUGUGCUCCACAACCGCCUGUUCCAGACCCGCUUCAAGCAGGCCAUGCUCAAGCUGCUUAGCGACUACCGCGGUGUUGAGUUUCUCGAAGCCAUGCCCUCGUGGAACCUUUCCCCGGGCAAGCUGUGCCCACUCGACACCCAGCAGUCACCCUUGCACGACCCAGUCUCGUCUGAGGACCUCCUGCACAUGCUUCUCGCGCCCUCAGAUGCAGCCCCGUAUGCGCCCGUCAUGGCCGCCGCGGGCCCUCCGCCACACACCACAGACCGAGCUGCCUUUACCGAGCGCUACGAUACACUGUGCAGAGCCAUGACCCCGUUUGUCCAUGAAGCGUACCUGGACGCGGGCAACCUGGACGCGUACCUCAACCCGCAGGCCAUCAUGGCCUUGGUUGACAGCGUGUGCAACGACGACACGGCUGAGAGCGUCAUCGACAAGCUGUGCGAGGACGGCCGCCUCCCGAUUGAUGUCACGGCCGCCAAGUUCCGCUCGCAGUCGCAGCAGCAACAACGGCAACAGCGGCCGCAACGCCAGCAGCGCCAGCAGCGCCAGCAGCGCGAGCAAUUGCGCCCGCAAAGGCGCCAGCGCGAAGAAGCAGAGCUGUCCCGUGACAAGCGCGCUGCCGUCGUCACGUACACCUGCUAUGGCAGCUGCGACACCGGAUGUGAUAGUCAAAGUUGCACACAAAGCUGUGACACCAGCUGCGACAGCGGCUGUGAUUCAAGUUGCAACCUUUGUGAUGACGGAUGUGACACGGGGUGUGAUUACGGCUGCGACAGCGGCUGCGACUACUACAAGUGCAACACUGGCUGUGAUGACGGUUGUGACACUUGUUACUCCGGCUGUGACUCAUCAUGCAAUGGUGGUUGUGACGACUACUGUGAUGACUACUGCAACGCUGGCUGCGAUUACGGCUGCGAUUAUUAUUGCGACUCUGGAUGCGACUCGAGCUGUUCGACGUCCUGCUCAAGCUGUGAUGACAGCUGUGAUUCCAGCUGCGUCAUUUUUAGCCUUGGAUGCGACAGCAGUUGCGACAGCAGCUGUGAUUACUGUGUCACCACCUGCGACGACUCCUGCGACACCUCGUGCGACGGAGGCUGUGACGAGGGCUGUGAUAUCUGCUACAGCGGAUGCGACUAUGGCUGCGACAUCUGCUACGACAGCUGCGAUGACUAUUGCAACGGGAAUUGCGACUAUGGAUGCGACGACUCAUGUGCUUGGACAUACUGCGACGACUACUGUGACGAUGGCUGCGACGAUUCAUGUGACACUGGCUGUGACGGCCCAUGCGAUUCCCAGUACGAGAAGACUGCUGCGACGGCGACGAGCGACCGUGUGUGCCGCGGGCUGACGACGUGCGGUGCUGGGGAGCAGGAGAAGGUGGCGCCGACGGCGAGCAGCGACCGCGUGUGCGAGGCGUGCCCAGCUGGGACAACGGAUGCCAACAGCGACGGCAGCGACGCGUGCGUGACGUGCGGCGGUGGGACGUAUGUGCCAGCUGGGUCGACUGGGACUUGCUCGCAGUACGAGUGCAGCGCGGGCACGGCUGACACGGACAGCAACGCUGGGACGGCGUGCGAGGCGUGCGACGGGACGACGACGUACCAGCCGAGCAAGGGCCAGGAGCGGUGCCUGAGUGUGAAGACGUGCGGGGCUGGCGAAGAGGAGACGACGUCGCCGAGUGCGACGCGGAACCGGGUGUGUCAGCCGUGCCAGCUCGGGUCGACGUUCAAGGCGCAGAGCGGACAGAGCACGCGGUGCAUUUCUGUGACGACGUGCGGCGCUGGUGAGGAGGAGAUUGCUUCGCCGACGCUGUCCACAGAUCGGCAGUGCCGCACGUGUGCCAGUGGGACGUUCAAGGCUGCUGCUGGGCAGAGCACGACAUGUAUUGCCGUGAGCACGUGUGCUGCUGGCUUCACGGAGGAUGUUGCUCCGACACCAUCGUCUGAUCGGGUGUGCGUUGAGUGUGCGCCCGGGACAUUUAAGGCGACUGCUGGCGAUGGGACGUGUCGUGCGCACAGGACGUGUGAGGACACCGAGUAUGAGACGGUUGCGCCGACGAGCUCGUCUGAUCGGAAGUGCAAGGCGCUGACGGUGUGCCAGGAUGACGAGUGGGAGUCCAAGGCACCGACAAUAACCACGGACAGAGAGUGCUCUCCUUGCGGCAGGUGUACGGAUGGGCUGACACUUGACAAGGCAUGCACUGAUACGUCGCCAACCAAGUGUGUUGGGUGUGACGAGUGUGCGUCCGAUGAGUACACGCUUUCGUCAUGCACGUUGAGCUCUCAAACGCAGUGCCGACAGUGCACGACGUGUGGCAACGAUGAGUACCAGACGAAGGCUUGCAGCGUGUCGCAGGACACGGAGUGUGCGACGCUGACGACGUGCAGCAGCACGCAGUUUGAGGUUGAGGCGCCGACAGCGACGCGUGACCGCCGGUGCAAGGACCUGACGGCGUGCCAGCCUGGGGAGUACGAGUGCACGGCAGCGACGCUGACGACGGACCGCGAGUGCUGCGGGGUGACGCAGUGUGUGCCGGGCAGCGAGGAGACGUCCGCGCCGACGGCGACGUCUGAUCGGGAGUGCCGGCAGUGUGUUGCGGGCACGACGGAUGCUGACGGAAGCGGGACGACGCCCUGUGUUGCGUGCAGUGCCGGGCACUAUGUGCCGCGCGGACGCACUGGCGGGUGUGCGGCGUUUGAGUGCGCGGCGGGCCACGUGGACCAGGACGAGGAUGCUGCGACGGCGUGCAAGUUGUGCGAGGCAGGCGUGAACUAUGCCGGGAGCGCUGGGCUGACGAGGUGCACGUCUGUGAGCGAGUGCGGCGCUGGCGAGGAGGAGACGAGCGCGCCGACAGCGUCAACGGACCGGGUGUGCAGCACGUGCGCGUCUGGCAAGUUCAAGGCGACGACUGGGCAGACGCCGUGCGAGGCUGUGUCGACGUGCGAGGAGGACGAGUACGUGUACCGUGCGGCGACUGUGAGCACGGACACGCAGUGCCGAGCGCUGACGGCGUGCAGUGAUGAGCAGUAUGAGACGCGCGCGCCGACAGUGAACAGCGACCGGGAGUGCACGGGGCUGACGACGUGCGGGAGCGGGGAGUACGAGACGCGUGCGCCGACGGCGACGACGGACCGCAAGUGCGCGAGUGUGACGCAGUGCGACUCGACGCAGUUUGUGGUGUCGAAGCCGACGGCGACAACGGACCGGGACUGCGCUGAGUGCGACCGGUGCGACAGCGGGACGCAGUAUGAGACGGCGACGUGCACGGCGACGACGAACAGGGUGUGUGCGGACCUGACGGUGUGUGCGGACACGGAGUACGAGUCUGUUGCCGCGACGGACACGAGCGACCGCAAGUGCUCGAGCUGCCGGGAAUGCACGUCGUCUGAGUAUCUUGUGUCUGGGUGCAGCGAGAGCGCGAAUGCUGUGUGCAAGGCGUGCACUGAGUGCCCAAGCGGGACGUUUGUGUCGACGGCGUGCACGCCGCUUGCUGAUGCCGAGUGCACGGAAUGCACGCGGUGCGGGAGCGGGUACUUUGUGCAGUCGCCGUGCACGAGCGAGGCAGACACGACGUGCAAGCGGUGCCGGUCGUGCGCGAGCGGAGAGUAUCUGCACACGGCAUGCACGACCCCUUUGCCGAUCGCCAAUGUGCAACGGUCACACCGUGCUCAUAUGGGGAGGUUCAAUUCGCCCCUCCCACCCCCACAUCUGAUCGGACUUGCGCCGCACGUGCCCGUGCACGUGACAGUGCAGUCCACGUUUCCGGGCGUUGUUUUGCCGUCCCCCUUUUCAUCAGCCGUGUCGUCCCCGUCGUCAUACGAGGCCCAGCUGACCGUUGGCCACACAGGAAUGGUAUCGGUUCGUGUUGGUGAAGGCUUGGUUGCAAGCGACACUUACACGCUUCCGCUGCGGUCGGCGGCGGCGUUUGCUGCGCGAGUGCUGAGCGUUGAGCUGACCAGCACGGCGCGCACUGCGAGAUUGCUGUACUCUGUACGCGAUGACCUUGGAAAUGUUGCGUGCUCAUCGUCAACAGCAACCUUUGUGCUGCGGCUUCGCUCCCCCUCCUCCAGUCUGUCUCUGGUCCAAGUGAUGAGCGAGUGCACCGCAACGAGCGAGUCGCAUGGCGUGUGUGUGGCCGUGCUCUCCCUUCCCCAAGUGUGGUUUUCGCCUGAAUCGCACACGUCGCCCAAUGAGGCUAUUGUGGAUGUUCUUGUCACGAGCGACGCCGUUGUUGCCUCUGGCGGUGCGGACCUUGACGAGGACGGGUACUCCCAGGUGGGCACGCUGCCGCUGGUUGUGCCAGCCUCAUCGGCUUCAGAGGAUGUGGAGGAUAUUCGUGUGCGUCUGCCAACGCAUGCCCUGACGCCGGACCAGCCUGGCGUUGUGAGUGUGUCGAGCUCGUUCGCGUUCACCGCAGAGGUGUUCCGUGUGAAGUGCGUGUCGAGCCACCCGGAUCUUGUUCUGGGCGAGGUGUCGAUUGAUGACAGCGUGUGGACUUCCCGGGCGUCCAACCUUGACGGGCGGUCGCUGGUUGUUGCGGGCUUGUUGAUGAACGGCCACCGCGUGCCAAACAGCUUUGGCGAGCAGGAGCUCUUCUCGUUUGACGUCGCCCUUGCAGAUGGUGUUGACCUGAGCGGUGGUGCGCCUGGGUUGGCUUCCGCCACCGUGUCUUGCACGACGGAGGAGCUGAGUGACGUGAGUGAUGCCGUGCGCAUUCCCCGCGGUGCCACAUCCUUCCCGACGAACGUGACAAUGAGCGAUCGCUUUGGCCAGCACGCCAGUGGCCAGGGUCGUCUGGCUGUGCGCCCAACUGCCACGCGGGCGCUGCUUGCGCACACGGAGCGUGCCGUGUUGGUGAACACGGGGCUGCUGACUGGCAUCGAGACAAGCACGCAGCUCGUGGUGACCGCAUACGAUGAGUUUGGUGCCUCGUCCACCGCCACCCCAACGGAGUGCUCGCUGGACGCUGGUGCUUCGGGCGCCGCCCUGGCAGCGGUGUCUGCGAACUGCGAUGCGGUUACGCUGUCUUCUUCGGCCUCAUUGCCCUUUAGCAGCCCCGGCGGACAGGCUGUGGUGACUGUGAGACAAGGCCAGCUUGAGGCCACCACCGUUGUGAGUGUGUACGUGCCAGCGUCUGCGCCAAGCGUUGCGUUGGAUCGCACGAGCCUGCGUGCGUUGGUUCCGCGUGAGGUGUCGCUUGCCUUUGGCGUUCGUGAGCCCUGUGCUGCGGCGACCGUGUUUGAGCGCACUCGCGUGCACGUUCUGGCCAACUUCACCUGCACAGGCGUGGAUGGACAAGCGUGCCUGCCUGCUCUUCCGGGACAGGUGCAACUGGAUGUGGCACAGCUGGCACUGGAGCUCACGGUUGCGGACGACGACGUUGCUCGCGUGAAAGACACGUACGUGGUUGGCGUUGCAGACGGGACGACCGAGGUGCGAGUGGAGCAGCCCAACAGCGGCGUUGUUCUGGCCUCCACGCCCGUGCACGUGACACGUGAUGAGGUGGUGGAGAUUGACGGCCUGUACGCGGGCAGCGCGGAGUCUGCGACGUUGUCGCUGGACCACGAUGCCGUUCACCAGUUGUUUGACCAGGUGCCUGUGCACGUGCGUCUUCAGUCGUCGCCGCUGCGCGCGGAAGGCGACGUGACGCAUGUGUAUGCUUUUGUCGUGCUGCGGGAUGGCACACAGUUUCCGAUUGACGUGCUGGACGGCCUGUACAUGGUGCCGCUCGAUGCGGGCCAGCUCGUUCCGGUUGCUCCGGCGACGUUUGCUGUGGCUGCUGGUGCCCGGAACGGAGUUGCCUCCCGUGUUCGCGUGGUCUGGGCCCCGCCCGCACUCCAGGGCGGCGUGUGCAGCGAUGCCGAUGGCGGAGUCGCAGGGGGCGGAGGCGCCACAACCCCGGCGCCACCAUACACCUACGUGCUCGCCCAGGAGGACGUGAGUGUGGACUUGCAGCUCCGAAAGCCAACAGGCGUCCGCCUGACGAACACGGCGAGGCGGCUUGUGCUUGAGACAGACCCAGCGGCCAGCGUGGGCGGCGCGAGCAUCCCGACCUCCAUGCAGCUGUCGGUGCUUCUUGAGUAUUCUGGUGGCGGCAGCGCUCAGGACGUGACCACGGAUUCGCGGGUGCACUGGACCCUGAACAACCAGGACACUGGCGGGGAUGUGGUGAGCAUUGAGGUGGUGGAUGGCAAGCUGGUGCUGAGUGCCACCAAGCCUGGAGACGCCGUGCUUGUGGUGAUGGUGGACACACCAGACAACCCGAUUGUGACAAUGUUCAGCGUGCACGUGACCAGGUCUGUGGGGCUGACAACAACAAGCACGCCUUACCCGCCAUACGCCGGCUCCUCGUCAACAAGCAAGGCUGACCUGCGCCGCGUAUUUGGGACCACACCACCGUCGUACCAGCAGUUGCAGCUGACAAGCCGCCUGGUGCUUGAGGAUGGCCACGAGGUGCCGCUUCCGCAGGGGAGCGUGGUCUACAGCACAAACGACAAAACAUCGACCCACACGGACAGUGGUGGGGCCCAAAUCAGCGUGCCGUCUAUUGGAGUGGAGGGCAAUGUGGUGAGCGCCGUUGCCUCUGGCGUGUCGGCAGUGGAGUCUUCGUUUGGUGGCUUUGUUGACGACUCGCUGACGGUGACGGCCACAGACACGGAGCCCGUGUACGUGACGGCACUUGAGAACGUUCACCUGCUCUCUGGACCAACCCUGCAUGGCGAACCAAACACGACGACGACACAGGCGAUGGUGAGUGCGGUGCUGAGCGAUGGCACGCGCCUGGACAACCUGUUCUCAGCGGACGGUGUUGCUGCUGUGCCCGGGUUGGUCACGUGGACGGUGGAACCCCCGUCUUUGGCGGUCGCUUCUGCCGUCGAAGUGGAUGCAGGCACCGGUGUGAUCACCUUGCUGGGCAACCACUACGCACACGUCGUCCUGACAGCUAGCACCUUGGUGCCCGAGCCCAACAGCACGGCAAGCAGCUCGCUGCUGCCUAACGUGCUUGAGGCCAACACCACGUUUGCGUGCAACGUGGACCCUGCGCCAGGGGAGGUGGACCUUGGCUCGCAACUCUCCGUGCCCCUGCCUUCCGUGCACGUGUCCACCAUCUCCACCACCAGCGACGGCAACAGCAGCAGCAGCAGCAGCAGCAGUGGCCUGUUUGAUGUUCCUGUGCGCGUCAACAUGGGCGAGGCAGCGUCGCUGGGCGCCUUCCACAUCAUCAUUGAGAUGAACUCGUCUGCGCUUGAGUUUGUCAGCGCAACCCCUGCGUUCUCUGGCCACUUUGAUGUGGGCGCAACCGGCGAUGAGGUCUCGCUGGCCGGGCUGGUUGGCGACUCAUCUGUGUCGGGACCAGCAGCCCUCGUGGCCACUGUGCGCGUCCGGGCUGUGCGUGCUGGCGUUCAUCGCCUGCGUGGGCGGGUGGAGGACCUGUUUGACCGGUCGGUGCCACGCGCGCAGCCCGUGGGCGGCAGUCGUCACGGCCGCACGUCGCCGGCCGCUGACGUUGCUGUGGUUGUGUUUGGCAGCCGCUUCCCAACGGCGGGCAGCGCCAACGCCACGGCGCCACUGCAUAACAUGGCGCGCCGUGAGGCUGCGUUGAGCUUUGGCGCCUGGCUUGACGAGCCCGCAGGCUCCGACGUGCACGGCGUGGUUCGCCGCGCUGCCGACUCCACGUCCGGCCUUGUUGGUGCGGAUGUGGAUGGCGACGGGCGAUUCAGCACAGCUGAUGCGCUGUUCACGCUGCAGUACACUGUGGAGCGCGACAACGCCUUCCAAACGGUGGUUGGCGUGCAAAUCCAGGCGCUGGUGAACGGCACGCAGCGGCUGCUGGCCAUGGAUGCAAACAAGGAUGGCGCAGUGAGCUCUGGCGACGCAGAUUACAUGCUUGCUGUUGUGAACAGCAAGCGGCGGUUUGUUGAGCUUCCGGUGGUGGAGGCCCUUGCGACGCAGGGGUGCCAGUACGUCGUGAGCGUCUCUGUUGCGGACCGACUCGGCAACGCGCCUGACCCUGCCAACACGGGUGUGUAUGUGCUGCUUGAGUCCACCAGCACGUCGUUCUCGCGCGCCCUCGUGUCGCGUAUUGCGGACCUGCAGCAAGAGGCAGCGGCGCUCGCACAGCUUGCUGCAACGGCCACCAAUGACACCACCACCACCACAGGUCCCAGCACUAGUGCUAACGCCAACAGCACGACGGCGAGCGGUUUCAGCGGGGCAGGUGCGCCGCAUCUCCCCCGCACGUGGCUGAUGGCGGAUCUGAACGCCACGUCGCGCCCAACGCGUGCGGUGCUGUUGCCUCUCGUCCCGCAAGCGGACACGGGGGCCAGCAGCCACGCCACCGUUGCUGUGGGAGGCGCCACAUACGUUGGCACGUUCCCUGCACCACUGCUAUCGAGCAGCGAGCUGGCGCAGCUGGCGGACGACCCGCACCUUGGUUUAUCUGUGAUUGAAGUGACGCGAACAAACCUGGGCACAACGGCGUACGUGCACACGGGCGCAUCUGCAGCCGGCACGCGCACGUUUUCUCCGCUGAGGGUGACGGGUCUUGGCGUGGACGGCGGGAGCGCCACGGAUGUGGUGCUCACGGUGGGCCCCACCUACGGCUACAACCCAAUGCAGUUUGUGAAGGCGGCGAUUGAUGUGCGAAACGCAUGCACGCUGUCGUGUGGGGAGGGCGAGUACGGCGACAUCGACGCCUGGGUGUGCCGUGCGGUGCGCCCGUGUGACCUUUCCUCAGAAUACAUGGUUGCACCUGAAACCCCGACUUCGAACCGCGUGUGUGAGACGCUGACCGUGUGCCGCCCCAGCAGCAAGUACGAGACGACGGCCGCCACACCGACGAGUGACCGUGUGUGCACGCCGCUGACCCGCUGCCACCCAACACAGGAGUUUGUGAGUGUCAACGCAACUGCGACGACCGAUCGCGUGUGUGCGCCGCUGACCACGUGUGACGCCACGCGUGAGUACGAGGUGCGUGCGCCGACCGAGUACACGGACAGGGUGUGCGGCCAAAUCACCGCGUGCAACGGCACACAGAGCGAAGUGGCUGCGCCAACGCCCACCUCGGACCGCCAGUGCCAGCGAUUUGAGACACAGAAGUCUGCCUCGGCAUCGUCGAUGCUGAGUGUGAUUGGUCCCGCGGCGGGUGGUGUUGGCUGUCUGCUGCUGGUGCUGGCGCUGAUUGCCUUUGUGCGGCGGCGGCGUUCGCGCACGAGCGUGGAUGCGGCUUCAACAACAUCGCGCGACGUGUUCCUCAAGGUCAACCCGAUGUACGAUGAGGGCGUGGCGCAGAAACGGCGGGGCCCGGGCGACGACGACAUGUUUUAUGAGGAUCCACAGACACUGCUUGGGUUUGAUGCGUCGCUGUUUGAGGGCGGAAUGCACCACGCCAAGAACCCGCUGUACGUUGGCUACGAUGAGGAGGGCAAUCCCAAGGGCAAGAAGCAGGCGUUUGCAGAUGAUGACGACGAUGGCCUUGUUGCUGUUCUCGAUGAGGACAAUGGCUACGUUGACAUUGACGACAAGCCCACCACUGCCAGCAAAGACUACGAUUUGUUUGACCUGUACGCUGAGCCCGAGGCUGUGCUGUCCAAGCGUGCCUCGCGGCGGUUCAGUGUCUCGUCCAUGAAUGAGGACACUCCGAUCAUUCGCAACCCGCUUUAUCAAGGGAUCAGCGAUGAUGAUGAUGACGACGACGACGACGAUGCCAGCUUCGGCUUUGCACCAGGCCCUGAGUACAUGGACGUGGAAGGGACCGACAACAACACAGCUGCGCCAGUUGGUGACGAGUACAUGGACUUUGAUGCUGCACCUUCUGCUGCUGGCCGCGCCAAGAAGUCUCCCAAGAAGGGCGUUACUUACGACAAUCCAGACGCGUUCCCCCAUGACCCGACGGACGAGUACAUGGACAUGGCUUCGCCUGCAAAGCGUGGCGGUGACUACGCCGCCGUCUACGACACCCCGGGUGGUGUCGACGAGUACAUGGACAUGAACGCGGCCUCGACGACCCGAGGAAGCGAGUACGCCACCAUCUACGACAACGUGGAUGACGGGCAGGCUGAGCAGUACUUUGACAUUUGCCCGAACAAGCAGACCAAUGAUGACGUGUACGCCAUGAUUUACGAUGCGGUCGCGCAACCCAAGGACGAGUCGACGGCACGGGCUGGUCCCGGCGCUGACGACGACGAUGACGAUGAGGGUGGCGACCAGGUGUACAUGAACAUUGACGAGGACCCCAUCUACGAUCACAACUACAUUGCAUCCUCAACUCUCGAAGCGGUCGAUCCUUUUGCAGACACGUACUUCAACGUCGACGAUCAGGACCGUGCUGCGUACGAUGCAGUUGAUGGCGGGUAUGGAUUUGGCAACGUGGCCGAUGAUGGCGACGAGCCAAUCUACGACAGCCCAGACGUCUUCAACGAAGACAAUAAGGACCACAACUAA